GGGCAAGUUUUUUUUUUAGCACGAAUUGAUCUCUGAAUCUUCUAUAACUAAAUCUUGAAAUCCAUAAAUCGACAAGAUUUGACUCAUACAUACCUAUAUCUUAGUAUAUACGAUAAAUUGGUUAUAGAUCGAAUACUUAUCACCAAUACCUAGGUUCUUAUAAUACCCAAUGGCUUCCCCAUUCCCAACCAAGAAAUGCGGCGUCCUGGGCUGCACUGGCUCCGUGGGACAGCGCUUCAUCCUACUCCUGUCGCAACACCCGCACUUCGUCCUCCACGCCGUCGGGGCCUCGUCCCGGUCCGCGGGAAAGAAGUAUAAGGACGCCGUGAGAUGGAAGCAGGCGUCCCCCAUGGGCUCUGUCGGCGAGCUGGUCGUGCGCGAGUGCAAGGCCACUGAGUUCGCCGACUGCGAUGUUGUCUUUAGUGGGCUUGACGCAGAUGUCGCUGGUGAUAUUGAAAUGGAAUUCCUCAAGGCCAACCUCGCCGUCUUCUCCAACGCAAAGAACUACCGCCGCGACCCCCUUGUCCCCCUCGUUGUACCUACCGUCAACCUCCCACAUCUUGACCUCAUCCCGCACCAGCGCCGACACUACGGGCUAGAGAAGGGCUUCCUCGUGUGCAACUCCAACUGCGCCGUCAUUGGACUUGUGAUCCCCUUCGCAGCGCUACAGGCGCGCUUCGGACCCGUCGACACCGUCAGCGUUGUAACGAUGCAGGCUGUCUCGGGCGCAGGGUACCCCGGCGUUAGCAGCAUGGACGUGCUCGACAACGUCGUGCCCUUCAUCUCAGGCGAGGAGGACAAGCUCGAGACCGAGGCCCGCAAGAUCCUCGGCACCAUCUCCUCCGACGCCACCGCCCUCAACGACCAGCAGGACCUCCGCGUCUCCGCCGCCUGCAACCGCGUCCCCGUCCUCGACGGCCACACGGCCUGCGUCUCCCUCCGUUUCCGCAACCGCCCCGCCCCCUCCGCCGAAGAUGUCAAAGCCGCUUUAAGAGAGUACGUUAGCGAGGCCGAGACGCUCGGGUGCCCCAGCGCACCCACACCCAGCAUCAAGGUCUUCGACGAGCCCGACCGUCCACAGCCCCGCCUCGAUCGCGAACUAAGUCGCGGAUACACCGUCAGUGUCGGUCGCGUGCGCGAGGACGACAGCGGUAUCUUUGAUAUCAAGUUUGUCGCGCUUAGUCAUAAUACUGUCAUCGGAGCUGCCGGUUCAUCUAUAUUGAACGCCGAGGCAGCAGUGCUUAAGGGGUUGAUUUAGUUUUUAGUCAGUAGACAGACGUACAAUUGGGGGAAAGCACCCUUUAUUUUGCAUUAUUGUGGGCGUUGUGUUGUGUUUUUUUUUUGUUUUUUUUUUUGGAUUUAUUCAUGUAUGCAUGCAUUUACCUGAGGUAACUGUGCAUUGGGGGGGGGGGUUGAUCAAAAAAAAGAAGAAAAGGGGGAAGGAAACCAUAACUAUUCAUAGAGUACCUAUUUACUUCGUACAUACCAGACGAUAACUAUGUAUAUGGUAGUUACCGACUACAUUUACAAUCCACAAUUCACAAUUCACAUAACUAACUGGUUAAAGAUAAAAAAGAAAUCCAACAUUGAAGGUAAUCAAUCCCAUGCAU